CGCCCGCCAUGGACCGGUUCCUGGUGCUGCUGCACUCGGUGUCCACCGGCCUGUCGAGCAGCGAGCUGACCGAGCUCAAGUUCCUGUGCCAGGGCCGCGUGAGCAAGAGGAAGCUGGAGCGCGUGCAGAGCGGCGUGGAGCUCUUCUCCGUGCUGCUGGAGCAGAACGAGCUGGACGGCGAGCGCACCGAGCUGCUGCGCGAGCUGCUCGUGUCCCUGCGGCGCCAGGACCUGCUGCGGCGCCUGGACGAGUACGAGGCGGGCGCGGCGGGGCGGGCGCCGCCGGAGGAGCAAGACCUGUAUGCGGCGUUUGACAUCAUAUGUGAUCAGGUGGGGAGGGACUGGAGAAGGCUGGCUCGUCAGCUGAAAGUGCCCGACACCAAGAUCGACGCCAUCGAGGUGAAGUAUCCCCGGAACCUGACCGAGCAGGUGCGAGAGUCCCUGCGAGUCUGGAAGAACACGGCGCAGGAGGACGCGACCCUGCCCCACCUGGUGGCGGCGCUCAGGGCCUGCCAGCUCAACCUGGUGGCAGACCUCAUCGAGGAGGGUCAGCAGGCCCAGGGCCUCCAGAACGAGAACGAGAUCAGUAGCAGCUCGGGGUCCCUCAUGUCGUGGGACUCGAACACACCCGCCUCGAGAGCCUUCUCGUGACCCCCCUGGUGACCCCGCUGCUCUCCAGGGACCAAGGGCACCUGUACGUUCUGAACUCGGGCCCUCCCCGAGGACCUGCCAGUGAGCCGGGACAAGGGCCACGGGCGCUUCUCAGCCUGAGCAGGCACGCGCUGAGCCUCGCUGUUUGCGGGCGGGCUUUGGGCGGGGUGCCGAUGCUCCAUUCCUCAUGCUUGCCCCAUGACGGGGAGUCCGUCCCCAUUAAACGAGUUCCUACAGGAGGAAUUUUAGAGCCGUGUCCAAGGACUCGAACAAUUAGCGGUUGUUGCCCUGAUGGUCCUGGGGGUGCGGAAAUGAGCUCAGAGCGGAGCCGGAGGAAAGCGGGGUAGUGCUGGCAGAGCCGGGUCCGAAGCAGUGCUCUGGCUCCAGAG